UACAGAAGAUGACUUAACUGUAAAAUUGUCAGAAAUAGUUCAGACAAAUACUAAUAUAACAGCUGCACUAUCUAAAGGAGUUACUAUUUCACAAUUAAUGGAACAAUGGGAUUAUUUGCAACUUACAAUUGCAAUGUACAUAAAUAGUGAGAUGGCAGGAUUAGGAAAUAUGGUGGGGAUAAAACCAAGUAGAGGUUUAUGUCAGAGAUUAAAAGGAAAACAAGGCAGAUUUUGUGGAAAUUUGUCUGGUAAAUGCGUUGACUUUUCUGGCCAUACAGUUGCAGUACCAGAACUUGUUGCAAAAAUUUUGACAUAUCCAGAAAGAGUUUUUGCUCAUAAUAUUGUAAAAUUACAAAAAUGUAUUAUAAAUGGUGCAGAUAUUCAUCCUGGUGCUAAUUUUAUUAAACAUAAAAAUGGUGGCAAGAGGUUUGUGAAAUAUGCUGAUCAAUCAGUAAGAGAAGCAAUUGCUGCUGAACUGCAAAUUGGUGAUGUGGUGGAGCGUCAUCUGAGAGAUGGGGAUGUUGUCUUAUUUAAUAGACAACCUUCUCUUCAUAAACUUAGUAUAAUGGCACAUUAUGUAGU